AGAAAGCAGAUCCUUUUCCUUCGCUUUGUAAUGCCCGUGGAUAUAGAUUGCGAGAGAGGUUCGUAGCAUGUCGAUCACAUUUUCGGCGAGCGAGAAGCUGGACGACCGGAAAAGGAGGCAUCCACCGCCAUCUUCCUCAAAUGCUGAAGCUAUGAUGGCGAGCGAUCACAAACGCAACUCGGAGCACGUCGACAGUUUAGACAUGAAGGACACAAGGUCCAUCGAACAGGCGGAAGAGGGCGAGAAGGAGAAGGAGAAGACGGCAGAGGCGGAGGAAAAGAAGAAAAAGGAUAUCGAGGAAAAGAGGGGGGACAAGGAGAAGGAGAGGGUGGACGAGGGGAUUGAAAAGGGGGUAGAAACAAAGCAGGAGGGCGGCAAGGGAGGAAGAGGAUCGAGAGGGACGAUGGUGAGAGAGGAGGACGAGAAGAAGGAGAAGACGGKGGAAAGCGAGAAGAAGGUGGAGGACAGAACUGUUGUGGAGAACGGAAACGAGGAGGGCGAAGAGCCAACUGUGUCCAAAACGACGAGGGCGAGAGAAGGGGAGCCAGCAGGGAUUGACACGUGGCAGUGCCCUAUGAACCCCUCAUUUGCAGUAACUGUCAAUACAUACAGACGGUUGGUCCCCUCAACUGCAUCGUGGGAUGUGAGAAAGAGAGAGGUGUGGCUGACGAUACCCAAAAUGUGGUCGAGCGGGCAUUGGCCUCGACUGCUUCGAGAUCCCGACGAUCCGCUCAAAUCUAUUGUUGGCGUUGAUUGGACGAGAUGGAAGGCAGACGAGAGAGAAGAGGACGAGUAUUCAAUGUCAAAGGCCAACAACGAUUUGACGGAAGAAGAGCUAGAGGCAGAAGAGAGAGCCGUAAUUGCUCCGGCCAGUUUUCCAGAGGAAGAGUAUGACGACUCCCACCUCCCUCUCCUAAACUCCACCACAUUUCCUCAAUUCCUCGAAGAUCAAGAGAUCGUUUCCGUGUUAUUCUUCGAAAGGGAGUCGCAGAAAAGCAAAACCCUUCAUAGAUUGUUUGUCACGGUUGCGCCGACKGUGAAGGACAGAGUGCCUCUCGCGUCCGUAGAUGCAGGACAUAACCUGAAGCUCACGAAAAAAUUGCAGAUUGCGGAUUUUCCACGCACCAAGCUCUUCUUAAGGAGCGGGGAAAUGUUCAACUACGACGCUAUGGCGAUUGGGUACUCAGGAUUGUUCAUAAAGUUCCUAGUACGGCAGCUAGAAGCAGCCUGGACGACAUUGACGAGCGAUCAGGAAGUGCUCGAUUUCCUGCGACAAUACCCGAAGGCCAUUCUUGGCUAUUUUCCGCAAGGCAAGAAUCCUUU